ACUAAUCUUAUGUAGUCUACUUUAAGGUUUCCUCUCGCUGUCGCUGGGCCCAGACGCCGCGUGGCGACGCAGGCCCACGUCGCCCACCACCUCGCUUACAUAGUUUAAUGCGCUCGCGGAGCUCGCGCCACGGCCCCCUCUCUGACCAAGAAGUCACAGCGCGCAGCUCACUGCUCCAGCAAUCCCCUACCCCACACACACCACGAACUCGAGCAGCUGCAGCUCAGCUCAGCCAAGCUCCCAACCCAUGGCCCGCGGCGAGGCAGGAGGCGACGCCGGCAAGGGCGAGGAGCCGGCCCGCAGCGAGAUCCCCGACGAGAUCACGGACGAGAUCCUGCUCCGCCUGCCCUCCCGCUCCGCGCUGGCGCGCGCCGCCGCCGCCAGCGGCGACUUCCGCGCGCUCGUCUCCUCCCCGCGCUUCCUCCGCCGCCACCGCGCGCUGCACCGGGACCCCGGCGCGCUCCUCGGGGUCUUCACCUUCUCCCUCAGCAGCGACGGCGGCGACGGCACGGGCUUCCACCCCGCGGAGCCGCCGCACCCGGCGGCGGCCGCCGCCCGCGCCGUCGCCGGCGCCGCGGACUUCUCCUUCGGGUUCCUCCCGGCGGAUCCCUCCGCCGCGGACGGAGCCGGAGCCGAAGCCGAAGCCGAGGGGUGGAUAGUCCGGGACUACCGCGACGGCCGCUUCCUCCUCGACCGCGUGGCGUCGGGGACCGAGAGGGGCACCGUGUUCACCGAACUCGCCGUCUGCGACCCCCUCUCCCGCCGCUACGCCCUGCUCCCGCCCAUCCCGGAGGACCUCGCGGCGACCGUCGACGGCGUGCUCAACGUCUUCGGCGGCCGGCGCGCGUGCGAGCCCUUCCUUGCCCCCGCCGAGGCCUGCUGCGACGAUCCCGACGCGGCGCCGCCCUUCACCGUGUUCUGGACGGCCCGGUGCCAGCGGAAGGUCGCCGCCUUCGCCUUCUCCUCGAGCGACGGGCGGUGGCGCGCGCUCCCGUCGCCGGACUGUUUCAUCUGGCGCCGGCACAGGUCGCCGUUCAGCUGCCCGAUGCACACCGUCUGGAACCGGCGGCACUACGCGCACGGCCGCUUCUACUGGGUGGACUGCCUCACCAACCGGUGGCUCGUGCUCGACACGCGCGCUAUGGAGCUCGCCCUCUCCAUCAUCCCCUCGCCGGCCGGCUACUGGGAGGAGCACGUCGCCGUCGUCGAGGCCCCCGACGGGAACGUCGGCGUGUUCGCGCAUGACUUCCACCACCCCGGUGGCAAAGCCGAUCUCCACUACUACACGAUCGUGCAGGACGCCGACGGGCCGCGGUGGCGGCUGGAGAACACGAUCCCGCUGCCGUGGCCGGCGGCGUACCACCGGCCGUUCUGCCUCCGGGGCACGGCCGACGGGUGCUUGAUCCUCGAGGUCAGCGAGGAGAAGCCGGCGUUCAUGGCGAGCUACCGCGUCAGGGACGCCGAGCUGUUCAAAAUCGACGUCAACAGCUUCCAGCUGGAGAAGAUCUGCCAGGCACGGUGCGCCGGUGGUGCCGCCGGGCAGUGUUGCUGGCCGUACUUCGGCUUCCCGCCAUCGCUGUCCGUGCCCACUGUAUGAGCAGCAUGUGAUAUUGCUGAACAAAAUUAUGUUCCAGCUGGCUGCUCAUAGAGUUAGAGCCUUGAGUUUGUCUGGCAUAUAUAUAAUAAUGAUAACAAUACAAGCAACAAUUUGUCCUGA